GGGGCGGGAAAAGCUGGAAAGUUGGUCCUCCUUGACUCUGGAAGGGCCCCUCCUUCCCAAAUGAGUUUGGGAAGAGGGAGGGAAGGAGGGAGGGAAGGAAGAUGAGCUCCGCCGACCUCCAGCAACAGGAUCCUCGAGCCCCUCGCCCGCCUUGGUCCCGAGAGAUGGCCGUCUAUUGCAGCGAAGCGUUCAGCGUCUAUCCCCCCAGCACAGCGCCGGCAAACUACGAGUACCCGCAGCCGCCGGGUGCCGCCAGCUAUUUGUGGGGUGCCUACUCGCAAGGGAGCGGGGCCAGCGGGGCUGGCGGAGGGGCAUCUCCGGGGGCGCCUUUCCUCCCCUACGGCUGCUCCCCGAGGGGAGUGGGGGCGCCUCCUUUGCUCAACGCAACAGGCUCAGCCUCGUCGUCGGGUGGCUCAUCCUCGUCCUCGUCGUCGCCUCCGGAGCUGGGCUGGCUGAGCCUGGCGAGCCAGGAGGAGCUGCUCCGCCUGGUGCGCCCGCCGUACUCCUACUCGGCGCUGAUCGCCAUGGCCAUCCAGAGCGCGCCGGAGCGCAAGCUGACCCUCAGCCACAUCUACCAGUACGUGGCCGAGAACUUCCCCUUCUACAAGCGAAGCAAGGCCGGCUGGCAGAACUCCAUCCGGCACAACCUCUCCCUCAACGACUGCUUUCGGAAGGUGCCCCGCGACGAGGACGACCCUGGGAAGGGAAACUACUGGACCUUGGACCCAAACUGUGAGAAAAUGUUUGACAAUGGAAAUUUCCGCCGCAAGCGCAAGAGGCGCUCCGACCCGAAUGCCUCUGCUGUGACCUCCACUGUUUCUACCUUGGGCACCCUGAAGACUGAGGAAGGGCACUCGAUUUCUUUAGCUGCAGGAAAGCCCAGCGGUGAAAGCCCCUCCUCAGAGCUCGAACCAAUGACUUCCAUGCGGAGCCAUUCGAAGAGUGCCUCUCCACCUGUGAUCGUCUCGCCUACUCCCAGUUGCCUUAGCAGCUUUUUCAGCGGCAUGAACUCGCUCAGCAAUGGAGGCCGUCUUCCAGGGAGCUUCAGCAGUGAUUUACACCACCGAAACCUCCCGGCUGGGCCACUGAGUGGGAGCAGUUUUGCCCAGGAUGUCCCCCCUACGGAGCAGCUCCAGCGGGUUUCCGGGCCAGCUGGGGCCUAUUACAGCCCAUUCCAUCCUGGCAGUGGUGGCCAAUCGGGCCAGUACAACCACUUAUACAACUUCACAGUCAACAGCCUCAUCUAUGCACGGGAAGGCACUGAAGUGUAACCCAGUUGUGUAGGCAAACCUUGGUCCUACUAGGCCAAGUAGAAGAAGGCCAGGUUAUUAUUAUGCAUCUGAGAAGACAAUGUCCCCCUUCCACUCUUAAAAUUGACUUCAGGCAGGACAACUUUCAGAGCCAGGAACAAAAAGCUUUUGACACUUGAUCUUUAGGGAGGAAUGUACAGCACAUUCUGGACUUCAAAGUAUUUCUUUUGCAUAUUACCAGCAUCUCACGCAUUUUGUAAAUGAGGACCACUUAGACUGAUUUGACAUGUUUUCAGUUUUGGUAUUAAAAUCUACUUUUUUAAGCUGGGAAGAGAACCAAAUAUCAAGAAGUAUAUUGUUUGUUGGCUGUUGGGGGGAGGGAUUGAUGUGUAUUUUGGGCCUCUGUUUACAAGUGCUAUGGUAUAAAAAAAAACAGAUGAAGAGAUUAAAUGAAGUGCCUUGAACAAUGUAAAAAUGUAGUUGCCUUUGUUGAGAAGGUUCGGUUUGAAACUUCUGUUAGCCAGCCUUUCACUACCAUAGACUUUUUCUUCAGUCCAUAGAAAGGCACCAAGCAGGGAUUUCUUGGGCCCCUGGGGUUUUUGGGUUUUUUUUUUAUGCUAACAUGAUUUUUGCAAAUUUGAUUUGGACAGGGCUGGCCCUAUCAUUAGACAGAUUUAUGCAACAUCUUCACAUGGUACAUAUUGGGAUACAUUCAGUUACUGAUGCAUUUCAUUUCCGUAGGUAGACUGAGGGGUAUCAGAAUGUCUUAGCCCAGGGGUCCUCAAACUACCGUCCGCGGGCCGGCCCCGGCCCCCCAAGGUCAUUUAUCUGGCCUGCAGGGUGAGGAGAAGGGUGAGAGGCGGCAGAUGAAGUGGCUUUGGGGCCGCUUCAUCCACAGCCUUCCUGGGCCCAGCCUGCUCUUCUCCUGCCUUCGGGACGCAGCCUCGCCACAUCCCGAAGGCAGGAGAGCGGGGGAGGCGGAGGGCGAAGCGGCUUUGGGGCCGCUUCACCCGUUGCUUCCCUGGGCCCAGCCUGCUCUUCUCUUGCCUUUGGAACAUGACCUCGCCCCAUCCCAAAG